AGUAGUCUCUCAUCUUACAAGAAAAUGAAGAUAUUCAAGUGCUCCAUAUCAACAUUAUUUGUUUUCAUUCUCUGUGGUGCAAUUCAAGUCCAUGCUCAAAGGACUUACACAUGCUACAGACCUGAUAGCCCAUGUUUCCGGAAGAAUAUCACAUGCCCAAUAGAAUGCCCCAGCUUUAGGCCAGCGCCAUAUCCCCACGCUAAAGCUUGCUAUAUCAACUGCGAGUCUCCUAAAUGCGAGGCCGUGUGCAAGCAUAGAAAGCCGGAUUGCAAUAGUAGUGGAGCUGCAUGCUAUGAUCCGCGAUUUAUUGGUGGAGAUGGGAUAGUCUUUUACUUCCAUGGCAGAAGCAAUGAGCAUUUCAGCUUAGUUUCUGAUCAUAACCUUCAAAUAAAUGCGCGCUUCAUUGGCCUACGUCCAGCUGGACGCACCAGGGACUACACAUGGAUUCAAGCCCUAGGAAUCCAGUAUGGCUCCCAGAAGUUCUCAAUUGAGGCCACCAAGGCGGCUGCAUGGAACGACAAUAUUGAUCAUUUAAAACUUGUGUACAAUGAUGAGGAUGUGAUUCUAGAAGAAACAGAGCUCUCUGUUUGGAAAUCAGAACAAGGGAACAUAAAAGCUGAGAGGAUAUCGAGCAGAAAUGAUGUCGUUUUUUCCAUCCCGAAUGUUGUUGAGAUUUCGGUUAGGGUGGUUCCAGUGACCAAGGAGGAUGACAGGGUUCAUAAUUACCAAAUACCAUCAAAUGACUGUUUUGCUCAUUUGGAAGUGCAAUUCACUUUCUCUAGACUUUCACCUGAGGUUGAAGGCGUACUAGGCCGGACUUAUCGCCCUGAUUUUGAGAAUCCUGCAGCAAAACCUGGAGUGGCCAUGCCAGUUGUGGGAGGAGAAGAUAAAUACAAGGUUUCUUCACUUUUGUCUUCGGAUUGCAGGAACUGCAUCUUUUCUCCGACUACAGAUGCUACUGAAAAGGGUGCCUUGGAUAUCGAAUAUGGUACGUUGGAUUGUACCAGGGGGCUGUCCAAGGGGCAUGGUAUAGUUUGCCGGAAAUAAAUGCUGACAACGGUGAAACAUACUGUGGAAAAUAUGUAAAAAUAAUUGACACUUUAAGAAAUAAGGUUUUCUGAACUUUCUGUGUUGAAAAUCAUGUUUAUGUUUGUUUUACGAGUAUCAUGUUUCUGAUUUGAAAU